AUGUCUCUGGCAAGGUCGUCGCGCGGCGCCCAGGUGAACUAUACAGGUGACGGUAUCGGUGCCGAGGUUGCCGAAGCUGUCAAAACCAUCUUCAAAGCCGACAAUGUGCCUAUUGAAUGGGAGCAGGUCGAUGUAACUGGUGUAGACACAGGAGAUAAGCACUCGGAGGAUUUGUUCAAGGAGUCGAUAGCAUCGUUGAGGCGAAACAAGCUGGGCUUGAAAGGCAUCUUACACACUCCCAUCGAGAGAUCCGGACAUCAGUCAUUCAACGUCGCAUUGCGACAGGAACUCGACAUCUACGCCUCUGUGGUUCUGAUCAAGAACAUCCCUGGGCUUGAGACACGACACAAGAAUGUCGAUCUUUGCAUUGUGCGUGAAAACACCGAGGGAGAGUACUCUGGUCUGGAACAUCAAUCCGUCUCUGGUGUGGUUGAAUCUUUGAAGAUCAUUACUCGGGCCAAGUCAGAACGUAUCGCCAAAUUCGCAUUCUCCUUCGCCCUGGCCAAUAAUAGGAAGAAGGUUACUUGUAUCCACAAAGCCAACAUCAUGAAGCUGGCCGAUGGCUUGUUCCGGAACACGGUUAAGAAGAUUGGCGAGGAUUACCCGACUCUGGAAGUCAACGACAUGAUUGUGGACAAUGCUUCUAUGCAAGCUGUCUCUCGGCCGCAGCAGUUCGACGUUAUGGUCAUGCCCAACCUGUACGGAGGUAUCCUCACAAACAUUGCAGCGGCUCUUGUUGGAGGACCUGGCGUUGUUCCCGGCUGCAACAUGGGUCGUGACGUAGCAGUCUUCGAGCCUGGCUGCCGACAUGUUGGUCUGGAUAUCCAGGGCAAAGAUCAGGCUAAUCCCACCGCUCUCCUACUUUCUGGAACCAUGCUUCUAAGACAUCUGGGACUCGAUGAACAUGCCAAUCGCAUCUCCAAGGCUGUGUAUGACGUGAUAGCAGAUGGCAAAGUCCGAACCCGCGACAUGGGAGGCAACAACACUACACACGAAUUUGUUCGAACAAUUUUGGACAAGCUAGAGACUGCGACGUAA